AUGUCGUCUGCUGACGCUGGACCCUCUACUGCCGGGGCUCCCGGGGCCCGCAAGCCCCGGGCAAAGAAGCCAAGCGCGAAGUCCGCUGCGGGGAAGCAGCGGGCGAACGCUGCAUACGCUUUUUGGGACAACGAAGAAGAGGCUCUCUUGGUGCAUUGGCUCUCUACGGGCGAGAACUCCAAGGCCCUGCAGCAUCGCGACACCCCGGACGCCAACGGGGUCAACCGCUCGAAGAAGGAUAAGCGAACGGACGAUAAGAAGUUCAAGGAGGCCCAGUUUCGAUUCAAUCAGACGGGGGAGGGUCUGACGGAGGAGGAGAAGAGGAAUACCCCCAACAUACAGGCCUGUAUCGUCAAGAUCUUUCCAUAUUUCUUUGAGCUCGAGCCUUAUUGGUCCUGCGCUGGCACGACGGCCUUGCACUCGGUAGGGUCUCAGGAGUCAAUGGCCGCCUCGUCAAUCUUGCCCUCGAACCUCGCCGCCGGGCUGGUCUCGGGGGCCCCGCCACAGUCACCUUUGCUUUGUGAGUCGCCGGACAAGGCCGGGACGCCGGAGGACUCGGAAACCGCAGGGUCCCAUGAAACGCUGCAGGACACGCUGUCCGAGACGCAGAACCCGUCGGAGGCGCCACCACAGACGCCACCAGACACGCAGGAGCAGCUGGGGUCGCAGCUUCACUCCCAACUGGGAGAUUUUGCGGGUAUGGAGUCGCAAAUGGCCCUGGAGGACAUACUGGAGGGAGUCAUGAUGGAUGAGCUGGAUGAGCAGAUACUUGAAGAGAGGCGGUUGGCCAUAGAGGAGGCCGGUCAACGCUUUCACUUGGAGCUUGAGGAGCGCCAAGAGGCGAGGGAGGCAGAGCUCGAGGAGCGGCGGUUUGUCAGGAAGUCCGCGGAGCGACGAUUCCAGCUGAAGCUUGAGGAACGGCGCGCGGUCGCCGAGAGACGCAGGCUGGACAGCGAGCGCAAAUGGGAUUUCAAGAUGAAGGCCCUCGAGAUGAAGGCCAGGCUGCGGGACACCAAACCCACCGCGCAGUAG